UGCAAUUUCAAGCUCGAAAAAUUCAAUGGCGGACGACAACGAAGACGACGAGAAAUCUCUGGAGCUUCAGCUGGAUUUUCAAUUAGAAGAGCAGAAAGAAUCGUUGAUAGUUGUGAAUGAAGCUCUAGUUUCAGAUCCCACCAAUACAGAGCUUCUUUCGGUUCGUGAGGAGCUUGUUCUGGCGAUCAAGGAUGCAGAAGAAGCGCUUCUUCACCUAAAACGUGCACGAUUAUUGCGGGAAACUGAUUCAUUGUUAUCGAGACAAGGUCCUGAACCUACAAUUCAGGAUGUGGAAGUGGAGCCUCUUGAUCCAACGGAGGUUGAAGCAGAACCUCUAGAGACGAAUAGUUACUCUAUUGGAUCCAAGUGUAGAUUUCGUCACACAGAUGGGCGUUGGUAUAAUGGCCACAUAGUUGGAUUGGAAGGUGCUAGUUCUGCAAGGAUCUCUUUUCUUACGCCCACGUCUGAGAACAUGCUGAUAUGCAAAUUCUUUCUACAGAAGCGAUGCAGAUUUGGUAGUAACUGCCGCUUGUCACAUGGAGUCGAUGUUCCUUUAUCUUCAUUGAAGCACUACGUCCCGACCCUGUGGCAGCAAUCGCUGGUGGGGUCCAGCAUUUGGGCGAUAUCGAACAGCCAUGCAGGUGGCAUCUGGAGGGAAGCCGAGCUCGAGUCAUGGGAUGAAAAACUCAGACUGGGCCAUGUUGUCUUUCGGGACGAUGGAAGCUCUGCAAAGCUUGGAAGUGAUGCGCUUUCAUUGUCUGAGUAUGCUCAGAUGAGUGAAGAUGAGGAAGAUGAGGAGUCUAGUUCUGAAAGAUCAGACCCUGGCGAUGAUGAUGAGGAAGAUCCUGAAAGUGGAACAAGCAAUCAAGGGCUAGGCUUUUUGGAGGCCACUGCAUUACAACGUGGUAUCCAAACAGAAACCGCUGUGUUUGCGAAGUGGGAGCACCACACACGGGGAAUAGCGUCGAAGAUGAUGGCCAACAUGGGAUACCGCGAAGGGAUGGGAUUGGGCAUUGAGGGUCAAGGAAUUGUUGAUCCCGUAUCCGUUAAAGUCCUCCCACCAAAGCAAUCACUCGGUCAUGCUGUUGAUUCUACUGACCGCGAAGGGAAGGACAGUGGAAGUCAGGGGAAGAAGCGUAGUAGAGGCGGUAGAAGGAAGCGCGAGAAGAAGCAUGCAGCAGCAGUGCGGGCCGCUAAAGCUGAAGAAGAACGGCAACCGGAUGUAUUCAGUUUCAUCAAUAAUCAACUUGCGAAGAAUGAAGCCGAAAAUGGGUCAGGCAAGAAAGGCAGUAGGGGCCUGGGGGAGGCAAAGAAAGAGGACCGACGGACCUUGAUCGCAUACGACGAUGAGGUGAAGGAGUUGAGGAGCAGGGUCGAGAAACUGGAAGAGAUGGUGAGUCGUAACCGGAAGGAGAAGGCGGUGUUCGAAGCUGCUUCGAGGAAGUUGGAGGAGACCCGAAAGGCAUUGGCGGAUGCUGAGGCGGCCCAUGCAUCUGUGUCAGAUGCUGUUGUUAGCAGGGAGAAAGAGAAGAGGUGGCUCAAGUUCUAAUGCUCUUGUUCUUGUAAUGUAUAUUUGCAUGGAGAUGGCUUUGAUCCAUGAAACAUGAUCAGGAAAAGAUAAUUUGUUGCCCAA